AUGUUCGGGAUCGGCUUCGGAGGGCGGAAUCCUAUAAGCACAUCCAUCCGCGGCGAAUACUUCGGACGAAGCUCGUUCGGCAAGAUUAUGGGGAUGUCGCAGGUGCCGAUGAACAUAAUGCUGCUCGGGGCACCGAUAUAUCCCGCGAUUCUGCACGACAUGCAGGGAAGCUACGACUUUGCUUUCCUGUCGCUUGCGGCGCUGAACUUCAUUGGAGGCGUGAUGUUCCUGUUUGCAAAGAAGCCGACCAAGAGAUCGGCGCGGACGGGCUGA